GAACUCUUCCUAUUCUUCCCUGCGAAGUUUCUCGGUUGUGCGAAAAAUCAAACCAAAUUCUGUAAUUCUCGCAAACCAUUUCUUCUUCGCUAAGCCGUAAUUUCUUCAAAUUAUAAUAAUUAGUGUUCGGUUUUCCUUUUUGAGCUCACUUCAGAUACAAAUCACAACUCUUCCGAAUCUGUGAUUUUUGCGGUAAUUGACAAGUUUCAAGUGGGUCAUCAUCAAUGUCUUCUCCUGCAGAGUGGUAUCAGUCACUCCCUCCAAUAAGCAAGGGUUACGGGACCCUAUGUCUUCUGGUCACAACAGCAUCUCAACUGGGUGUACUCAAUCCUUACUAUAUUGCAUUGCUCUAUGGAAGAGUGUUCAAGAAUUUUGAGGUGUGGCGGCUUUUUACAAACUUCUUUUUCCUUGGUGGUUUUUCUAUCAACUUUGGAAUUCGCCUGCUGAUGAUAGCAAGAUAUGGAGUUCAAUUGGAGCAGGGACCAUUCCAGAGGCGGACAGCAGACUUCUUGUGGAUGAUGAUAUUUGGAGCAUUCAGUUUGUUGGUAUUAUAUGCCAUCCCUUUCUUUGAUUUACCAUUUGGUGGAAUAUCCCUUGUCUUCAUGCUUCUUUAUGUAUGGAGCAGAGAAAUUCCGAACGCCAAUAUCAACUUGUAUGGCCUUGUCACUCUAAAGUCAUUUUACUUGCCUUGGGCGAUGCUGGCGUUAGAUGUUAUUUUUGGUUCAUCUAUAUGGCCAGACCUUCUUGGAAUUAUUGCUGGACAUCUGUUUUAUUUCUUGACUGUACUUCACCCUCUUGCUGGUGGAAAGAUGAUUCUGAAGACUCCUGCAUGGGUACAUAAGAUCGUGAGAAGGUGGAGACUUGGAGCCCCAGCACCCUCCCGUCCAGCAGCAGGUGCACCCCCUGCUCAGCCUGAGAGAAAUGAUGGAGUUUUCAGAGGGAGAGCUUAUCGUCUUAGUGACUGAACACGGGCUUGCAGAAAUGAUCCGAUGCAAUACCAUUCAAAACUUUGCCCAGAUGAGAAACAAUAGUUACAUUCCAAGUAAUUCAGCAAUUUCUAAAGCAAAUCUGUUAAAUGGUAUCGCUUUAAACAAUCCUGGGAGGGAAGUGAACGUCAUCUGUCUUAAUAUGUAGCCUCUGCUGACAGACUGGUUCUGAACUCAAAUUUGAUCUAGUACAGUUGAUCAAGCUAACAGAAUAUUAUAUGAUGAAUGUAUUUGGUAUUUCAUAGAAAGUUGUAGGGGAAGAUUAAAUGUCAAGCUCCUCCUUCCUUUGAGGCUUUGAUUUGUCAUGCGAUUAUACUUUUAUGUUCUCAAUUAUAGUUUUACACGGCCGAGCUGAUUUGAGCA